GGGAGAAAUGGAGAAACCAAAUGGUGCCAAGUUUUGGACACAAAGUGAGGGUGGAGGACGACUCUAAUGUCUUUUUUUCUCCAUGAUUUGUCAACGAGAAGCUUCAUGGGAUUUUAUUGUUUUUACGAAACUGACGAGUGGGGAAAGCAUGCUUUUCUUUCAAUUUAUUAUGCUUAACCAACUCUCUCUCUCUCUCUUCCAGUUAAAGCAAGAAGCCCAGCCAGCUAUGCUGUGAGCUCUUCACUCUCAUAGACCCACCUCCUCCUCUCUCUCUCUGUACUUCUCCCUCCAGUUCCUCUUCAUAAAUAACGCACCGCUCUGAAUCUGAACUUCAGCCAGGAUUCCCAGCUCAGAGCUGUUGCUGUCGCUGCUCUGGAGUUUCCGUUCUGUCGGAAAUCGGAACUGCCGGUUGGCGGUUGCUCCACAUGGCCGGAAAGAAAUUCGUUCACAUUUCCGACGCGGCGGUGCUACGCGGCAGGGAUUUCGGCCUCCUAGUUCAGCAUUCACUGUAGAGCUUGCUCCGGGUCCGUUUUCUGCAAAAUGCUAGCAGGAAAGUGUUUCACACACCAGAUUUUCCUAAUGAAAGCGUGCUCCACCUACAAGUUGCUAUGCUUUCUAUUUGUUAUCAUUACAACAACUAUUCUACCCCUGGCUCAUGGUGAUCUAAAGUCAGACGAAGAAGCUCUGCUUGCCUUUGCUGCCUCUAUUCACCACGGACGGAAGAUUAACUGGAAUUCUGGGAUCCCCAUCUGCUCAUCAUGGGUUGGCAUUAAUUGUAGCAGAGAUGGGACCCAUGUUGUAACAGUUCGACUUCCAGGAGUUGGACUCACUGGUGAAAUCCCCAAAAACACCCUUGGAAAGUUAAAUGGUUUAAGGGUUCUCAGUCUUAGAUCCAAUGUCAUAUAUGGAACUCUUCCUUCUGACCUUACUUCACUUCCUGCUAUUCGCAACCUCUUCCUCCAACAUAACAACUUGUCUGGACAAAUACCAACUUUUCCCAAGCAAUUAAGCAUUCUGGAUCUUUCAUAUAAUUCCUUCAGUGGUACCAUUCCUCCCUCAGUGAUUCAGAAUUUGACCCACUUGACUGUAUUGAACCUCCAAAAUAACUCCCUAUCUGGACCUAUACCUAAUAUUACACUUCCAAGGCUAAAACAUUUGAAUUUAAGUUACAACCAUCUAAAUGGCUCUAUUCCGUCCUCUCUUCAAAAGUUUCCCAAGUCUUCAUUUCUAGGAAACUCUUUCUUAUGUGGAUUACCAUUAAGAACUCCUUGUUCUUCGCCUCUUCGACCACCACCGCUGUCUCCUCCCAAUGCCCAUUUAUCACAUGGUCCUGAAGAACGUGGACAUAGGAAGAAAUUUAUUAUUAUUAUCGCUGUUGCAGCGUGUGGAACUGCAGUGAUAUUUCUUGUAGCUCUAUUGAUUCUCAUGAAAAGAAAAAAAAGUGAGGGUAGGGGUGUACUAAAAGGGAAACCUUCUGGUGGGGGAAGGAGUGAGAAACCAAGCGAGGAAUUUGGGAGUGGGGUGCAAGAGGCAGAGAAAAAUAAGUUGGUUUUCUUUGAGGGAUGCUCAUACAAUUUUGAUCUUGAGGACUUAUUGAGGGCAUCGGCCGAAGUGCUAGGGAAAGGGAGCUAUGGGACUGGAUACAAGGCUAUUCUGGAGGAGUCUAUAACAGUAGUUGUCAAGAGACUCAAAGAAGUCAUUGUGGGGAAGAAGGAGUUUGAACAACAGAUGGAGAUCAUAGGUAGAGUUGGACAGCAUCCAAACGUUGUUCCUCUGCGUGCUUAUUAUUACUCCAAGGAUGAGAAGCUUCUAGUCUGCGAUUAUUUCUCCAGAGGCAAUUUGGCAAUGCUCCUCCAUGGUAUAAUUUUCUGAAUCCUUUCCCUUGACUAUAAUGGUCCGUUUGGAACUCAGAAAAUACUGGGUAGGUAAGAUAGAAACGGAAAUGAGGAGAGAAAACUUGGGGGAAGUUAAAGGAUAUAAAUUCAAUUUCAAUAAAUUAUUUUAGAUAUAUGUUCAAAUUCUUUUUGUUUAUUUAUAUAUUUCUAUUAUAUAUAGACUAAGAAGCAAGAAACAUAGAUAUACGACUUUUUAAAAAUAUAUCAUUUCAUAUCCUUUACAUUUGAAAAGGUAAAUCACAACAUAAAUAAUUUACAUGGCAUUUUAUUUUCUUUCUGUAAUACUUACCGUGAUCCAUACAUACCCCAAAACUUUGAGGUGGAAGUAAAACAAAUGGCAAAACUUCUUUUUGGUGGUGGGGUUUUAGUGAAUCAUACCUAGCUUUGCAUAAAGUAAAAGGGAUUGUGUAUGCAAUGUAUUGUUGUAGUGCAAGUGGGCAACUCCCCUUUAUAUAUGUGAAUUUUUUAUUUAGAUGUUACAUUCUGCUAAUGUUAUGUGUAGUAAACAUAAGAUUAUAACCAUCAUAUAUAUGACUGUUUGGCUUCUUGUUAGUUCACUGGCUGGAUAGUGAUUAUGAUUUCUUCUAGUAUCACAUAAUCAGCAUUCCAUCUCCUUGAUAGGAAAUAAGGCCACUGGGAGGACUGCUUUGGACUGGGAAACCAGAGUUAAAAUAGCCCUGGCAGCAGCAAGGGGGAUAGCCCAUAUCCAUUCCACGGGUGGUCCGAAGUUCACUCACGGAAACAUAAAAUCCACAAAUGUCCUCAUCAACCAAGAAGAUUCAGAUGCACGCAUCUCUGAUUACGGAUUAGCUCCUCUGAUGAAUGCCCCGGCAGCCCGGUCUAGGCAUCCCGGGUACCGGGCCCCUGAGGUGAUUGAAACCCGAAAGCACACACACAAGUCAGACGUGUAUAGCUUUGGGGUCUUGCUACUAGAGAUGCUCACUGGGAAACAGCCCACCCAAUCACCGGGGCGUGAUGACAUGGUUGAUCUCCCAAAGUGGGUCCAGUCAGUGGUGAGGGAAGAAUGGACUGCAGAAGUGUUUGAUGUCGAGUUGUUGAGGUAUCAAAACGUUGAAGAAGAUAUGGUUCAAAUGCUUCAGAUCGCGAUGGCCUGUGUUGUGAAGGUUCCGGAGAUGAGGCCAAGCAUGGAUGAUGUUGUUAGGAUGGUUGAAGAGGUACAGCAAUCUGACCCUGAAAACCGAGCAUCUUCUGAAGAGAACAAAUCCAAGGACUCAUCAAAUGUGCAGACCCCUUGAUUCUUUUGGAUUUAUGAUCUUAGUGAUUUUUGUUUGCUUAUUAUUGUCAAAAUUAUAUUUAUUAUAUAUAUAGGCAUUGUUUAGGUAUUCCUCUUUAGGAGCGGCCUGGUUUGCAAGUGCAUUUUCUGUGUUUAUGGUUAUAAACCAUCAACAGCUGAUUGAUGUGUUCUUCUCUAGUACUCCGUAUUUCUUAAUUAUCCAAUGGGAAUAGUACGUACCCAAUAUUAUGACAUUAGAAACGAAAGAAUUAAUGAAUU